AGAAGAAGAAGGUGGUGUUGCUGUCUAUAGCGUUCGUCCUGGAUACGGAAGCACUGGGUUGUGAUAUAACUAUGGUGAAUUUGGACAAUUUCAUUGUUUUUAUUUCUGAGUGAAGGACGCUGUUAGGCGAAAUGAUGCAGAGGGCUUUCAGACUGACAGUGAGAGUGUCUGCUGUGGUUCAGAGUUGUCAGUAUCCAGCCAUCCAUUCCCGCAGAACACUGCACUCAAACCCAGCGCUGUGGGCAGGACACAACAAAUGGUCUAAAGUGAAAGAUAUUAAGAUACCCAAAGAUGCGGCUCGAGCCCGGAUUAUUGCAAAGUACACCAUGAUGAUAAGGAUUGCAGUCAGAGAGGGAGGACCCAAUCCAGAAUUUAAUAUUGCAUUGGCACAACUUUUAGAGCAGUGUCGGAUCAAAAAUCUACCCAAAGCCACUAUAGAGGGAGCUAUAAAAGGAGCCAAGUCAAAGCCAGGUGAACAGUAUCUUUAUGAGGCUAGAGGGCCUGGUGGCUGCACAUUACUUAUCGAGGUUUUGACUGACAACAACACACGAUCGCAUCAAGAAAUAAAACGUAUCAUGAUGAAACAUGGGGGGACACUGUGUGAAGGAGCACAGCGUAACUUUGGAAGGAAAGGUGUUGUAUCAGCAUCUAGAGAUGGGAUUUCCUCUGAGAAAGCUGUAGAACUGGCCAUUGAGGCAGGAGCUGAAGAUGUGCAGGAGUCAGAGGAUGAGGAGGAGAGACCCACACUACAGUAUAUCUGUGAUAUGGCGUCCAUGAAGGCUGUGCGGAGUGCUCUUGAAAGUCUGGGAGUUCACACACUUUCAGCUGGUUUGGAGUUUGUUCCUCAUAGUCCAUCGCUCUUAACUCAGAGUCAACUCGAGACAGCAUCCACCCUGCUGGAGGCGCUCAAUGACUGCCCUGAUGUGGUGCGAGUGUGGAAUAAUAUCCAGGCACAGAACUUGUGUUAGAACAAAUUGAUUGACAAUUUGAAGGACAAACAGAUAUGGAAUGAUUGCACAGUAGAUUUAUGUGCUUUAAGAGCAAAGCUGGAUCAUGAUAAAAUCGAUCUGCUGAAAUUCAUUUGGAUUUUAAAUGCUUGAUCGACAUGCCUUAUUGCACCCUGACGAUACAUCAUAAUGCCAAUAAAGAGUUAAUAAAAUAAUGUUAGUCAUGCAUGUCAAAAUGAGUGGAGAUCAAUCCUUAGAAUUUUAAAAAGCAUUUUGAACACUGUCAUUAUGAACUGCUUUUAUUAAAUUAUGUUAGCAUGCACAACUUCUGGCUGGAAGUAUAUGGCAGCCCUAUGAACCAUACAUUGGAUAAUUAUUAAAUUUGGCACACUGAUAGCAGUGUGUAUGAAUAGCCCCCAGAUACAAUUUUAGGCCUUCGGCACUAACUCUAUAGCUGAGGUGCCCAAACCUUUUCCUGCGAAGGGCUAAAAAUCAAACUUGAUUU